UUGUUUUAUGGGGGUUAAUCUUAGAAUGUCAUCAUCAUCUUCAUCAAUAUCUUCUUCAUCUUUUCCCAAAAGUACUUUGGGAAAACCAUUGUGCUUUUACGAGCUCGAAGCCACAUUGAAAUGGUCAAGUACUGCAAAAAAUCCUAGAAGACCUUUCUUAGGGUGUUCAAAGUACAAUACCCAGGGCUUACCAUACUGUAAGUUUUUCAAGUGGUUGGAUGGUAAUGAAGUAAUUGACCUACAAGUUGAAGAAAGAACAGCCUCACUGUUAAAGAAAGAGAAAGAGGUCGAGAAGAUACUCGAGCUUCUUGAAAAGAGGGAGAUUGAGCUGCGUAAGAUAGUGGAUCGCCUCGAGAGGGUGCAGAUGGUACUAUCCAAUAAAUGCGACGAUGUUAUACAAAAGGAGUUGGUGCUUAAUGCACAAGAAGCUAAACUUAGGCGUGUAGGCACGCUAUUUCGGAUUUAUUGUUAUUUUGCAUUUUUACAUAUUGGAUAUGAAUUCUUCCCCAAGUAUCUUGACAAAAUAAAUGGCUCAACUAAGUGGCCAAUUGGAAAGAAAAAUGGCCUCCAAAAUCUCUGUAUAUGA